AUGCGUAGCUCGUCCCGCCACUCGACUGUCGUAUCUUUGGUUGACUCCAAAAGGAGUAGUGCAGGGAUUAAUUGUAUUCUCAACUUAGCCCUCUGCCACAAAAUAAAGCCGAUCUCGAUAGAGGUGGGGGAUAAACUCGACAACAGUGAUCAUAACAUACUGUACUGCACCCUACCUCUUCAACUAAUAACUAAACACACACCUAAAAAUUCCCCGGUUCACUAUCAAUAUAGGGACUAUAGAAAUGCCGACUGGGAAUUCCUACCAACGCUCUUGAGAAGCUCUGACUGGGAUGAAUACUUUACCAAUGAUAACUUAGAAGUAACACUUGAUACCUUCUACAAGACGGUCAGUUCGGUAAGCGAUACAAUCGCACCCCUAAAGUCUGCCUUAAGGACACCAACUCUUUUCACAGACCGCAAAACGCGAUUAAAACUAAGGAAAUUGAAAAGGAAAUUUUAUUUAUAUAAAGAAUUUAGUGCAUUACACCAGAUACAUGAAACAUUUAAAAAUCUUGAGCAGAGACAUAAAAUGAAGGCACAAUUCGAGGAAAAUAAAGCCCUAGGGGGCACCUCUAAAACUCAGGAACUCUGCAAGAUCUUGCAAAGAAAGAAAAUAAUGUUGGUCAAUUGGAGCAUGAAGGUAUAA